GGGCCCAGGGGCGGACUGACCAUUUGGAAACUCUGGCAUUGCCCGAGGGCCCAGGGUCAGUAGGGGGCCCCAUGAGAUGCCCCUGGUACCUUUUUCAUAGGCUUUUUUGAGUUUGGGCAAGGACACAGGGGCCCCAUGAUCCCCUAUUGCCCGGGGGCCCCAUGAGUUGUCAGUCCGCCCCUGCUACAGGGUAUAUACCUUCCCACCAUUAUGGUCGUGGUCGUUGUUUAUCAGGUCAGGGGGCCCCAUGAGAUGCCCCUGGUACCUUUCAUUGGCUUUUUCAUAGGCUUUUUUGGGUGUGGGCGAGGACACAGGGGCCCCAUGAUCCCUAUUGCUCCGGGGCCCCAU